AGUUGUCAUAGAGACAUCUAUGUGGCUAUUGGUGAUUUAACAAAAAUACAAAGAAGAAAAUGCAUCAUGGGCAAAGUGGUGCAGGGGUGAUGUUUCAUUCUUCUUUGGCUUUUGUUGUGAUCUUUGGCUCAAAAAACAGAUUUAUCACAACGUUGACAACUGGAUUGAGAGCAAAACCAUUAGCAUCCAAAGUUGGGAGUCUCAUUGUUGUUGCUUCAAUUGCAAAAGCUCUUUCAGAGCCUGGAGGAACUAGAAACCUGGAUAAGAACAUGGCCUCUGUUAACUUGUCUGAGGAUCUUGUUCUCCAAAUUCUCUGCAGGAACUCUCUGGCAGCAUCUAAAAAGUUGGAUUUCUUUCACUGGUGCUCUCUUAGGCCCAACUACAAGCACUCUGUGGGUACUUACUCUCAGAUGUUUCAUACAAUCUGUCACUGCCCUCAAUACCAUGAUGAGAUUUUUAAUCUUCUCACUUCCUUGAAGCGUGAUGGCUUGGUCCUUGAUUCAACAACCUUCAAGCUGAUCCUCGAUGCUUUUAUCCGAUCUGGAAGAUUCGACUCUGCGCUGGAAAUUUUGGACCACGUGGAGAAAGAUUUAUGCAUGACAAUCUCGUUAAACCCUGAUUUGUAUAGCUCUAUCCUCAUUGCCCUUGUCCGUAAAGGCCAGCUUGGUAUAGCUCUUUCAAUCUUCCUCAAACUCUUGGAGAAUUCCAGUACAAAUGGAAAUAGUGGCAUUCUUGAUGCUGUUUCUUGUAAUGAGCUGCUUGUUGGUCUUAGGAAGGCUGAUAUGAGGGAUCAAUUCAAGCAAGUAUUUCAUAAACUGAGAGAAAUUGGAUCCUUUCCGUUGGAUAGAUGGGGUUAUAAUAUAUGCAUUCAUGCAUUUGGGUGUUGGGAUGAUCUGGCUACUUCUUUAAGUCUCUUCAAAGAGAUGAAGGAUAAGAGUGGUUCCUUUAGCCCUGAUCUAUGCACAUACAACAGCCUUAUCCAAGUGCUGUGCUUGGUUGGCAAGGUAAAUGAUGCCCUUGUUGUCUGGGAAGAACUCAAGAGCUCCUCUGGUCAUGAGCCUGAUUUAUUCACUUACCGUAUCCUCAUUCAGGGCUGUUCUAAAGCCUACCGGAUAGGUGAUGCAUCGAAAAUAUUUGCUGAGAUGCAGUAUAGGGGGUUUCGUCCUGACACUGUUGUUUAUAACUCCCUCUUGGAUGGGUUAUUGAAAGCGAGGAAGUUAGUGGAAGCUUGCAAUUUGUUUGAGAAAAUGGUUGAUGAAGAUGGUGUCAGGGCUUCUUGUUGGACCUACAAUAUACUCAUUGAUGGCUUGUUCAGGAAUGGAAGGGCUGCAGCUGCAUAUAGCUUGUUUCUUGAUCUGAAGAAGAAGAGCAAUAACUUUGUGGAUGGAGUAACUUAUAGCAUUGUUGUUUUGCAUCUUUGUAGGGAGGAUCAAGUUGAGGAAGCUCUGCAGUUGGUGGAGGAGAUGGAAGCUAGAGGGUUUGUUGUUGAUUUGGUUACCAUAACUUCCCUUCUGAUUGCACUUUAUAGGAACGGUAUGUGGGAUUCGACAGAAAGACUGAUGAAGUACAUUAGAGAUGGGAAUUUUGUUUCAAAUGUUCUCAAGUGGAAAGCAACUAUGGAGGCAUCACUAAAAGUUCCACAAAGCAAGAAAAAGGAUUUUGCGCCUAUGUUUCCUUCGAGAGGAAACUUUACUGAUAUUUUGAGUCUAUUAAGCUCAGCUGACAGACAAAUUGAUUCUAGUCUUGCCGCAGGAAAUGUUGAGCCAAAAGUUGAUGAUUUUGAUGAGUGGUCAUCUUCCCCACAUAUGGAUCUCCUUGCCAAUGAAGUCAGCCCUGCCAGUUUAUUCUCUCUGUCUAGAGGAAAAAGGGUUGAGGCCAAGGAAACUGAUUCUUUUGAUAUCGACAUGGUCAAUACGUACUUAUCCAUUUUUUUGUCCAAGGGGAAGUUGAGCUUGGCUUGUAAAAUAUUUGAGAUUUUCACCAACAUGGGUAUUGAUCCAGUUAGUUACACUUACAAUUCCAUAAUGAGUUCAUUUGUUAAGAAGGGUUACUUCAAUGAGGCUUGGGGUGUUCUCCAAGGCAUGGGUGAGAUGCUUUGCCCUGCAGAUAUAGCAACCUAUAAUGUUAUAAUUCAAUGCUUGGGAAAGAUGGGAAGGGCAGAUCUUGCCAGUGCUGUCCUUGAUAAAUUGAUGAAGCAAGGUGGCUAUCUAGACAUAGUUAUGUAUAACACAUUGAUUAAUGCACUUGGGAAGGCAGGUCGUAUAGAGGAGGCAAUCAGGCUGUUUCAUCAGAUGCAGACUAGCGGGAUAAGCCCUGAUGUUAUCACAUACAAUACACUCAUUGAAGUUCAUUCUAAGGCUGGGAGACUGAAAGAUGCCUACAAGUUCUUAAAGAUGAUGCUGGACGCAGGAUGUGCCCCAAACAAUGUGACUGACACAACGUUGGAUUUUCUGGAGAUGGAAAUAGAAAAAUUGAGAUACCAUAAGGCAUCAAUGAACCGCUCUGCAGAUGAUUGUUCUUAAAGAGCAAGCUUGUGGUUGUCCUUGCUAAAGAUGAUUUGCCGACUUGAAUAUGAAUAGAAGCUCUCAGGCAUGAACGUGCUAAUCUGCAGGAUAAGAAAACAGAAUGAAAAGUUCACAGUUGCAGCAGUCUUUAUAGAAGACCUCUUGGAUCUCAGUGAGGAAAAGUUAGUGGAAGACCUCUUGGAUCUCAGUGAGGAAAAGUUACUGGAUACAGGUUACACGCCUGAUUUGAAGCUGUACCUGACCAUAAAACCAGGGAUCCAACUUCACUGCUUAAUCGGGUGACGCUCAACAAAAGUUGGGUCGCAUAUCAUUUACCCCGCAUGUAGCACCUUGCCAAGCCCUCACGUACAGAACCACCAUCACCACCACCGUGGAGAGGAUUAGAGUUCAGCGAUGCCACCAAAUGUCCAACAGGAGCAGCAGCCUCACCGCUGUCAAAAAUGCUUAUCAAUCUAUACAUUUACCAGGAGAGCAAAAGUAACACCUCCUUCAAUGCUGCCUCCUCCAGAACUUCAAGUGAGGCAGGAAUACAUGAUUAGGCAGCAACAACAGGAAAGAGGAAGCUGGCUAGUGAGCAGAUGCAGAAAGCUAGUUAUCGUUGCCAAAUUUGUAACAUGUUGUAGCCCCAGGCAUGCCAAGUCCGAGCUGUUUUGUUCCAGGCCUCUAGAGAUGAAGUGAUAUUGUGUACAAGCAAAGAAUCGUUUUUUAUGGUCUACGCGUUUAUGUUUUCUGGGAUUUUGUUCAUCGCGCCUUCUUGAUAUGAUCUAGUUUCAAAUUUGUGUAGAGGACUACGACGAGCUAGAAGUUAUUUA